AUGUUUUGCUGGGUGGUGCAGCUUGCCAGAGAAAGUAUAAAAGUAAUUGAUAUCUAUUUCAGUCACGAAUAUAUCACCUGUCGUCAUUCGUUAACGUCACUGGUUUGGGGCGGAACGCAAGAGGCGACGUUGGAAAACCAAAACCGAAUAGGGACAGUUGACAAACAAAAAUCAACAGAUAAUAUCCGAAAAGGGGACAGAGAAAAAGCGCAAAGGAUCCAUUUUCUCAUUCUAAUCCAAGUGACCCACUGGCAUCACCCACAUUUCUAUGCCUAUUUCCCAACAGCAAAUUCUCAUCCCGCGACCUUGGCUGAUAUUCUCUCGAGUACAAUUGCCUGCGUCGGAUUCAGUUGGUCGACUGCCAGCGAAGCAACUCUUGUUGCUGUUCUGUCAGCGAGGACGAAAUUUUUAAACAGAAUCAAAAAGAACAACCCUGGCAUAGAAGAUGGUGUUGCGCUCACUAAACUGAUUGCAUACACUUCACAGGAGACAUGGAACUGA